AUGGCACUUGAGAGCAGAGAAAGAUACCAGAGCACGAGGAAUGAAUACAUCAAGAAUAGUGUUGGGAGUCCCAAGAAUAGUGUUGGGAGUCCCAAGAAUAGUGUUGGGAGUCCCAAGAAUAGUGUUGGGAGUCCCAAGAAUAGUGUUGGGAGUCCCAAGAAUAGUGUUGGGAGUCCCAAGAAUAGUGUUGGGAGUCCCAAGAAUAGUGAUGAGAGUCCCAAGAAUAGUGUUGGGAGUCCCAAGAAUAGUGUUGGGAGUCCCAAGAAUAGUGUUGGGAGUCCCAAGAAUAGUGUUGGGAGUCCCAAGAAUAGUGUUGGGAGUCCCAAGAAUAGUGUUGGGAGACCCAAGAAUAGUGAUGAGAGUCCCAAGAAUAGUGUUGGGAGACCCAAGAAUAGUGUUGGGAGUCCCAAGAAUAGUGUUGGGAGACCCAAGAAUAGUGAUGAGAGUCCCAAGAAUAGUGUUGGGAGUCCCAAGAAUAGUGUUGGGAGUCCCAAGAAUAGUGUUGGGAGUCCCAAGAAUCGUGUUGAGAGUCCCAAGAAUAGUGUUGAGAGUCCCAAGAAUAGUGUUGGGAGUCCCAAGAAUAGUGUUGAGAGUCCCAAGAAUAGUGUUGGGAGUCCCAAGAAUAGUGUUGGGAGUCCCAAGAAUAGUGUUGGGAGUCCCAAGAAUAGUGUUGGGAGUCCCAAGAAUAGUGUUGGGAGUCCCAAGAAUAGUGUUGGGAGUCCCAAGAAUAGUGUUGGGAGUCCCAAGAAUAGUGUUGGGAGUCCCAAGAAUAGUGUUGGGAGUCCCAAGAAUAGUGUUGGGAGUCCCAAGAAUAGUGUUGGGAGUCCCAAGAAUAGUGUUGGGAGUCCCAAGAAGUGUUGGGAAUACCAAGAAUAG